GGUUUUCAUGAACCUCGGUGAAGAAGAAGCGCGGUUCCCGAAAAACGCGAGCGACAAACGCGUCCCGCGCCGACCCCACCACCGUGGAACCUUCCGUCAGAAUAUCCGUGUGUACGCUCAGAUAUUUCGUCUUUAAGCGAUCACGUUGGUGCGUUAGUUUCCGGCCGCUCUCAGUCUCGGUGUGACCGCAGCGCGUAACCGUUCGGAACCGUUUUUAACAGAAAUGUCGGGUGUAGUGCGAGGCCCCGCUGGGAACAACGACUGCCGCAUUUACGUGGGGAACCUCCCGCCUGAUAUCCGCACCAAAGACGUGGAGGACGUGUUCUACAAGUACGGAACGAUCCGGGACAUCGACCUGAAGAACCGGAGAGGAGGGCCGCCCUUCGCCUUCAUCGAGUUCGAGGACCCGAGGGACGCAGAUGAUGCGGUCUAUGGACGGGACGGUUACGACUAUGAUGGAUACAGGCUGCGGGUGGAGUUCCCUCGCAGCGGCAGAGGCUCCAGAGGCGGCGGCGGGUAUGGAGGGAUCGGUGGAGCCCCCAGAGGGAGAUACGGUCCCCCGUCCAGACGCUCCGAGUACAGGGUCAUUGUGUCAGGUCUUCCUCAGAGCGGCAGCUGGCAGGACCUGAAGGACCACAUGCGUGAGGCAGGUGACGUGUGCUACGCCGACGUUUUCAGAGACGGAACCGGGGUUGUAGAAUUUGUGCGCAAAGAAGACAUGACCUAUGCCGUUCGAAAGCUGGACAACACCAAAUUCCGCUCGCACGAGGGAGAGACUGCUUACAUUCGUGUGAAAUUAGACGGUCCCCGCAGCCCGAGUUACGGACGAUCACGCUCCCGCAGCCGUGGCAGCCGGAGCAGGAGCCGGAGUCGCAGCGCCAGCCGCAGCCGCAGCAAUUCCCGAGGCCGCGGCAGAGGAUCGCCACGCUACUCGCCUCGUCACAGCCGCUCUCGCUCCCGAUCCUAAAACCUUCCUGACCCAUGUUUUGAUGUGUUCCUCCUCCUCCUCCUCCUCCCCUCCUCCCUGUUUUUACCUCCUUAUGAGUUUGUCCAGAUGUUGAUUUUUAAUUUUUUUUUUUUUCCAUUUCAUGUCCCGAUGUCGUUGUGGACGACCUUGGUAUGUAGAUGUAUCCUCUCUCCUCACCCUCUCUGUAGCCGAUUCGUCCUCUUGUCUCCUCCUUCCUGUUUCCUCCCACCUUUUGCAGCGGUAGAGAUUUCCGCUGCGCCGACCGUCAAAAACGCCGAGUUGUGAAACUCUGUGCUUUUGAGUAUGAAAAUGACUUUUGUUGUUUUUUUUGUUUUCUUCUUUAAAAACACUCGUCUGUUGUUGGUUGGUUGGAUAAUGUGGGGUGGAUCAGUCUGGAUGGGAAGCUGGAUGCUUAACUGUAUUUUACCCUUGUGUCUUCCUUUAGACAUCUGAAGAGAAGGAUUAAAGUGAUUUGGAAUAAAACCAUUGUGGAGCACAUUUCAUUUGUAUGGUCAGGAUAGGACAUCUAAUUGAGGAUCAAUCAGUCAGAGGCAAUGGUACGCUUCAUAUUCCAUCAUAAAUUCAACGUUUUGAUUGGUUGCCAUAUUCAUGCAUGUCAUAAUGAACUGUCACACGUGUGUAUGAAAGUGUUAAACCUGCGACUCGGCAGUGUUGUGAUGUAAAUGUAACCAAAAAAAAGAAAAGAAAAAUGACUUUGUGGUAAAAGGGGUCGAUGAGUUUCUCAUGAGUUUCUGUGGCUUCUUAUCUUUCUCUCUUUUUCUUUUUUUUGCUCAAAUUGGAAAAAUAGAAAUUAGGCCCAAACAUUUUGACAUUUUAUUCUAACGGUCUGCCUCUGAUUUUCUUCCUGGUAUUUCAAGGUUUUGAUUGGAGGAGUGUCUCAGUGGAUCCCAAUCCUGGAGCUGGAUGAGUGGAUCGAUUAGGGAAGGGAUUAGGCAAGGAUGGAAGCUCGGAACGGGAUCAGUUUUCCAGGAUCAAAAUGAGCGUUGAUUUCAGAACUAAAUAAGGCGGAGUCCCAGAGCAACAUAUUUUUUUUUCUCCUCUCUAUUAGGCCCCUCCCCCUGCCUCACUUUAACGUUUUUCAGUGAUUUAUACUUUUAUUUUACAAGAAAGAGGAAACUCAGGACCAGGAAGUUGGAUCACAGGAUGGAGUCGUAGAUGCCUGGUAUGAAGGAAUGAAUUAAAUUAAUGCGGGUUUGAUUUGGGAAGUAGUUUGUAUGUUUCUAUUUUGCUUAAUCUCCUUUUUUUCUUUUAGCAUUUUCAAUAAAACAUGUAAAACAAA